UAUCUGUCAUAUAAAAUGUGUUGAUGUUAUUAUCCACGUAUGAUUCACGUGGGUGCUUGCCGGCUGUUUUAAUGCAAAGUGAAAUCCACUGUUAUUUCAAAUAUGGCAAAACAAUUGACUGACCAAAUAUUGGAUUAUUUAGAUAAGCACGGAGAAAUAAAUUCGCUGCAUUUGGCUGAAGUUUUUAAAGAAAAUCAUCAAAAAAUUAUUGGUGCCAUCAAAAGUCUUGAGGCACUUGGUGAAUUGAUUACUACUAAACAGAUUAUUGAUAAAAAGUGGGAAUUAACAUCAGAAGGUCAACAUGUAGUGAUUUAUGGAAGUCAUGAAGCAGCUGUUUAUAAUGCAAUUCCUGAUGAUGGAAUGCCUCAACCUGAAGUUAUGCAGUCAGUUCCCUUUGCAAAGGUUGGAUUUUCCAAAGCGUUACAGGCUGGUUGGAUAGUAAUUGAUAAAAGUAGUGGUAAGCCUAUUGUGAAAAAGAAAGUAGCAUAUAUCACAGAUGUUACGCAAAAUGAUCUAAAAUCCCUUGCAAGUUUAACUGACCGUCUUAAAAAUGAAUAUAAGAAGAGAAAAUUGAUCCAAGAAAUAGUUAUUAAAUUUGUACAAUUAGAAAAGGGUCCAAAUUUUACAACAACAAUUGAAAAACAGGAAACAGAGUUGACUGCUGAUUUAUUAGUAAAUGGUGCAUGGAAAGAUAAGAAAUUUAAACCAUAUAAUUUUGAAGCUCUUGGUGCUACGCUGGAAGUGGGUCAUUUGCAUCCACUAUUAAAAGUUAGAAGCGAAUUUAGAAAAAUUUUUCUUGAAAUGGGAUUCACUGAAAUGCCAACAAAUAAUUUUGUUGAAAGCUCUUUCUGGAAUUUUGAUGCAUUAUUUCAACCUCAGCAGCAUCCAGCAAGGGAUGCACAUGAUACCUUUUUCAUAUCUGAUCCAUCUCAUAGUACAAAUUUCCCUAUGGAUUACAUGGAGAAGGUAAAGAAAGUACAUAGUGAAGGAGACUACGGGUCUUUAGGCUAUCGUUAUGAUUGGAAAAUUGAAGAAGCACAAAAGAAUGUUCUUCGUACUCACACGACUGCUGUUAGUGCACGGAUGCUUUAUAAGCUUAUGCAGCAGGGCGAGUUUAAGCCAGUGAAGUAUUUUAGCAUUGAUCGAGUAUUUCGCAAUGAAACUUUGGAUGCCACACAUCUAGCUGAGUUUCAUCAAAUUGAAGGUGUAGUCGCUGAUUACAAUCUCACAUUAGGUGAUUUAAUAGGAAUUUUGUAUGAAUUUUUUAAGAAACUUGAUAUUACACAACUUAAAUUCAAACCCGCGUACAAUCCAUACACUGAACCAAGUAUGGAAAUCUUUUGUUAUCAUGAGGGCUUAAAAAAAUGGAUAGAAAUUGGUAAUAGUGGAAUGUUUCGACCUGAAAUGUUAUUACCAAUGGAAUUACCUGAUGAUGUAAAUGUCAUUGCUUGGGGAUUGUCCUUAGAAAGGCCAACUAUGAUUAAGUAUGGAUUAAACAAUAUACGAGAUUUAGUUGGACCAAAAGUGGAUUUGGAAAUGGUUUAUAACAAUCCUAUUUGUCGCUUAAACAAGACUAGUCAAAAUUCUUCUCAAACAAAGAAGCCUGAAGACAAGAAACAAGAAUUAAACAAACACGAAAAUAAAUCGUGUGCAGUUAAAUGUGCAGAAAAAUUCGAGAAGCAAAGGCUCGUUAUAUUUUGUGAUCCAGAACAUCCGAUCAAGUUUAUAGAAUUGUUCUUCCGUCACGUAAAAUCUUAUGUCAACAUUUUUGUGACCUCUCAUGUACAUUCCAGUGUACAACAUUUUCCAAAUCAGUUAUUAACUUUUUGUUCAGAGUAUCGAAAUGCAAAGCAAACUACUGACAUACACUUAACAAUAAUCUGGAAAGAAAUUGGUAUUGAUCCCAUAUUGCAGUUACCAGGGAUGCACGAAAUUAUAGGCGAGAUAAAUGUAGCGCGAUAUCUAAAUCGCGUAAUCGAAAACUGUUAUCCACAUGUUUUACGUUAUGAAAGCAAAGGUGUAUUGUACGCAAAUGAAAUAGAUAAUUACUUAGAAAAAAUACAUAAGUUUUUACAUACUAAUGUGCAUCAAACUAUUCAUAAAAAAUCACGUUACAUAAUGGGUGAAGAUAAUAUAUCUAUUGUAGAUAUUUUAUUAGAAUCCCCUGAAAAAUGUAAACUACACAAAUAGAAAUAAUAUAUAAAU